AUGAGUGGCAUGCACAACAAUGGCGGCCGGGUCGCCCUGCUGCUCGAAGGAUGCUACAGCGAGGCCAUGGCGGCCAAUGUGGUCGCUGGUUGUGUGGAUAAUCUUCGCGGUUGCCUCGCUGAGCCACUCUAUCCGCUCAUGAUUGCCUUAGCCGACGAGAUGCGCAAGUGUGGUAACGUUUUUCUUCGUAUUCUCGAACAGGCUCGAACACACCCAGGUCGUGUACCAACCAUGUUGGGCUAUCUUGACAUUCUAUUGCCUAGCUUUCAAAAGAGCGUCGACGACAUCCGCACUCACUAUGAAGACAAGACCAAGAACAAAGAGAUCCGCUGGCGCACCAUGUACCACAAGAUGACGGAUGAGGCUGGUGGCAUUCAUUUGCCGCAACGGUUCAGCCUUUAUUAUCAGUUCCUGCUUCUCAUGAGCCAAAUGUUGAUAAGGUCUCCGCAAUUUGACAUGAACGCCAUGGAGGCCCUGCAAAAUCGCGUCUGCCAACUCCGUGAAAAGCAGGGCAUCAAGUCUCCUCCGUCACCGGCCGGCCCGCUUGUCAUGUCCGCAGCAGCAGCAGUAUUCCGAGACAGAAGCCUCCAUUGGGCCGAAGACAUUUUUUCCCGGCCGUUGCCUUCCCGGACGCCCCUCAAACACCUCAAAUUCUCGGAAUGCUACGGUCCUUGGAAGGACGCUAUCGUGCCGAAAGAAGCCCGGAUUUUGUUUCGGCGUUCGUUUGACCAGGAUCGCCUCACAAUCUUGGCGUUUAUUAACCCUUUUGACCGUUGUCCCUACCUGGUUGUUCGCAGCCUCGACACAGGCACCAACAUGUCUGCGUUUUCGAUAUAUGGCGUGCACGAGCUGUGCAUUGAGCGUGAUGGCAGCUGCCUCGUCAUCAAACGUUGGAGUCAUACGGAAAACACCUCUAAGUUGUGGGUAUUGCUUUACUUUCUUACUUGGGAGGAGCUAGUUCUCUUUCACUGUACCUUUGUUGCCAUGAAAUUUGAGGGUCCUACGGGAGCGGUCCACCCAAUCGAACUCAAUAUCAGCCGGGAGAAGCGCCUAUUCCAAGCUUACCGGCCUGAACACAUGAGGCAGAACAAGUACAAUGCGCUGGAACUAGACUUUUUCGCCGAAGAAGCCCAGGAAAGCUUCAGGGAGCUAUUCUAUUCACCGCCGAAAGCAACGGACGGCAGCAACCCGACAGAGUCGACGGCCCCGUCCGAUGACGGCGAGCGGACAGAUCCAUCGAAAUGA